AAUACCACCCUCCCCCUUAAUUGGUGCAUAUUGACCGGGGAGCUGAGUGGACUUACAUUUCUCUGGAAUCUACCUUUCGCACCACCCACUCUCCCCAUCCUCAUAUCAAGUCUAUAUAACUCAGGGUCCCAGAUAAUAAUAUAUAUAAAAAUGGUCUCAAGCCUAAAACGUCUCGCCGCGGACCACGCCGCCCUCCACGACGACCUCCCCCCCAACUACCUCUUCCCCUUAGAGGACUCAUCAGAUGACCUCACCCAACUCACCACCCUGCUGGCUGGUCCACAGGGCACCCCGUACAGCCAAGGCCUUUGGCGCGUCCACCUAAAGAUGCCAGACGACUACCCCAAGAGCCCGCCAAAGGCGACAUUCAAAACGCGCAUAUGGCAUCCGAACGUGGAGGAGUCGACGGGCGCGGUGUGCGUCGACACACUGAAGCGGGACUGGAAGGCGACGCUGACAUUAAAGGAUGUUCUAGUUACAAUUUCGUGCUUGCUUAUUUACCCGAAUCCGGAUUCGGCAUUGAAUUCGACGGCGGGGGCGCUGUUGCAGGAGAAUUAUGAGGUGUUUGCGCGGCAAGCGAAGUUGAUGACGUCUAUUCAUGCGCCGGUGCCGACGGACUUGAAGGAUGCGGUGGCGGAGGCUAAGACGAAGGGGGAGGAUUCUGGGACGACGAUCCCGGAACAAGAGGAGCCUCGCUUACUGCGUUCGCGGAAGGGUGUAAGAGUGCAGUCUGUGACGAUGAAGAAGAAUACGAAUGCCCGGAAAAUUGCGCCGCGGCGACAACAACAACAACAACAACAUCAUCAUCAUCAAUCUGAUAAUCAAGAGACGGAGAACCCUGCUGAAGAGCGACAGCUGGACACUCGUCAUGAGAUCGAUAUACUAGUGUCAGACGAUGAAUCCGAAAACCUUUCCAACGCCAGCAAAGAGAACGAUCCAUCAUUAUCGCCGUCCCCCGUCAAAUUUGCUUCACCGAGCCCUAGGAAAAACGUCCUUGGAAAACGCCCCUUGUCCGUCUUAACCCUACCUGUGGAUAUCGAUCCCUUCGCAAUGGAUUCAGAAGACAGUGACCUGGAGGGAAUGACAGGAAUGACAGCGUCGGAGAAGAACAUUGCAGCGAAUCAUCACAAUGACAACCCAGAAUACGCUCCUUCCCCACAGCGAAAAUCGCCAAAGUUGUCCCUCCGCAGCAAAGGGUUCAAUUCUUCCGGCCGCAUACGGGAAGAAGUCAAGAUAUUCGAAGAUGCUCCAGAGCCACUCGAUCUGGGCUGCCAUCGCAGCGGGGACGGCAAAGAAAAUCAUGGCUCCCUGAGCGGCUCGAAAGAGAUCGGCAUUGCUUCUAAAAAGGUUCACCCGACCUGCCCUCCAACUUCGCUCGUUCCGUCCUGUACAUCUGCCCCGUCCAGCUCUAAGGGUUCAAAGGCAGUGUCGGGUACACGAAAGGUAUCGGCCCCCAAUAUUAAAAAGGCAAAACCGAGGGUAGGCAUUCGCAGGUUAUGAAGUUGGUUUGUGAUUGAAUACUGUGCUAUAGUUUGGUUGAGUCCUUGGUGCAUUGAGGCAAAGGAUUGGGCCUGGCGUUUCCGGGGAAGAAUUAGAUUGAAUUUUAAUGGGUAGGCGUGUUGGCUGCAUCCUUUUCUACAAGCAGUGUGUCUUUGGGAAGGGCUUUUGCAUAUUCGUUGGACAAUCUGUUUUGAAAUGCUUUGGUUGGUUAUGAUACAUACA